AUCCUUAGCACUGGAAUUCUCCCUCUUUCCUGCUACAUUACUGUGCUACAGGACUUUGUGUAACCCUGCAAACUCGACUCUGUACAAGGCUGGUCCGUGCCGGCACACUGCCUCCCUGUCUGUGGUGAGACCGCACUGGGUGACAUUCUGUAGUGGAGGAGAAUCGUCCUCCGAGCAGACGGACACCUGUCUGUCUGUCUGUCUGUCUGUCCUCUCUUCCCGUCUUGGAGCACCGGACCAUCACACCGGGACUCUCUCGGCUGCUGAACGCGGCUGAGAGCGCACGGAGGGCGGCCGGAGGACGGGGGAAGGGUCGGAGUGAAGCCUGGAUCUACUGAUUGAUUGGCUGCAUCGAUGGAUGCGCGGUGUCACGUCUCACCUUGGGAGAGUUCAGCCUGCGAUGCCGGGCCCCUGAGCCCUGACCCCUCUGAGAGACCCCUCUGAGAAGGAGGAGCGACCAGCAGAGCUCUGAGGAAGGAUGGAGAGAGGAGAGGAGGAGGAGAGCCGAGGAGAAGAGGCUUCAACCUCCUCCAAACGGGGGAGAGCCUCGCCCAGAGGAGGAGGAGACGCCUGUAGACAAAAUGGCCUCAUCAACACACACAUGCUGGGGGCGGAGCCUCGGGAGGCGCUGCUGUUGGUGUACUCAGCUCCUCAGUAUCAGGGUCAUGUGGUGGUGAACGCCCCCCCGCAGCAGGAGAGGAGCGGUGGAGGAGGAGGUGGGGGACCUCCUCAGCUCCUGAACCCCAGCGCUCUCCUCCAUCAUCAGGCGGUGUUGGACCCCCGCCUCAGGACGACCCCCGGCCUCCUCCUCUGCCCAGAGAACGUCCUGCGGGCGUGGGGGGAGGCCGGGGGAGGCGACUGCUGUGAGACCACCUUCAUCGAGGGGCUCAGUCCUGACGCCUCCUCCCCAGCAGCCUCCUCCUCCACAAAGGAGGCGCUGCUGUUCGCCGACGGGAAGUUUCUGGACUUUUCUGGAGAGGACACAAAGAUUCACACGCUGUCGUACGACAUCGACGACGACGAGUUCCAGGAGUUGGAGAGUGAUUACUCCAGCGAAUCAGAGAGCGAGGAUACCUUCCUGUUGAUGCCUCCCAGAGAUCACCUGGGCCUCAGUGUCUUCUCCAUGCUCUGCUGCUUCUGGCCGCUUGGCAUCGCCGCCUUCUACCUGUCUCACGAG